AAAUCAGUGAAUGGCUGCGCUUCCCUGCGCUGCUGGCGUUUCGAUCAGAAUCUCGUUGAAAUGCAAGAAGCGAACCAUAGUUUGACUGGCGUCGGAGUCAAACCGGCGAUGAUAUCGGCGGAGGAGGCUCUCUGUAAAGUGCUCAGUGUGGCGCAGCGGCUGCCGCCGGUCACCGUGCCCCUUCUAGAAGCUCUCGGGAAGGUGUUGGCAGAGGAUAUUCGUGCUCCUGAUCCUUUGCCUCCCUAUCCGGCUUCAGUCAAGGAUGGGUAUGCAGUAGUUGCUUCAGAUGGACCUGGGGAAUAUCCUGUAAUUACUGAAUCAAGAGCUGGAAAUGAUGGGGUUGGUGUGAUGGUGACUCCUGGCACUGUUGCAUAUGUAACAACUGGAGGACCAAUACCUGAUGGUGCUGAUGCUGUUGUUCAAGUUGAGGACACUGAACAGAUUAAAGGUCCUUCAGCUGAAUCGAAGCGUGUAAGGAUAUUAGUGCAAGUUAGCAAAGGUGUUGAGAUUCGACCAGUGGGAUUUGACAUUCAGAAAGAUGCUGUAGUUUUAAAGUCUGGAGAAAGAAUAGGUGCUUCAGAAAUUGGCCUAUUAGCUACAGUGGGUGUUAUGAUGGUGAAGGUCUAUCCGACACCAACAAUUGCUGUGCUUUCUACAGGAGAUGAACUAGUGGAACCAAUGACAGGGUCACUAAGUCGUGGGCAGAUUCGGGAUUCCAACCGUGCAAUGCUCUUGGCAGCAGCAAUGCGGCAAGAAUGCAAAGUUCUUGACCUAGGAAUUGUUAAAGAUGAUGAAGAACAACUGGAGAAUGUUCUUGACGGUGCUUUUGCUUCUGGGAUAGAUAUCCUCCUAACUUCUGGAGGUGUUUCCAUGGGAGACAAAGAUUUUGUCAAGCCACUGCUUGAAAAGAAAGGGAUUGUACACUUCAGCAAGGUUCAAAUGAAACCCGGUAAACCUACAACAUUUGCAGAGAUCAAGUUAAAGCCAGUAGAGAAUACAACAAGAAACAAAGUUCUUGCAUUUGGCUUGCCUGGCAAUCCAGUAAGCUGUGUGGUUUGUUUCAAUCUCUAUGUUGUCCCCGCUAUCCGCCAGCUUGCUGGAUGGGCAAAUCCCAAUCUUACAGAUCCUGUUCGUCCAGAAUUUCAUCGUGCCAUCAUUAGAUGGGAAGCUAACGAUGGAUCAGGUAGUCCUGGAUUUGUUGCUGAGAGCACCGGUCAUCAGAUGAGCAGCCGACUUUUAAGUAUGAAGUCAGCUAAUGCUUUGUUAGAAUUGCCAGCAGCGAAGGGUGUUGUUUCUUCUGGGACUUCUCUGUCAGCCAUCAUUAUUUCUGAUUUAGGCAGGUCUGCACCAAGCAAUGGUGCUUUGCAAUCAGAUUCAGCUACCACAUCACAAGGAAAUAAAUUGAGUGAAACUGCAGAUAAGUCUCAAGAAGCUCAAUUCAGAGUGGCAAUUCUCACAGUGAGUGAUACUGUUGCUUCAGGUGCUGGUCCUGACCGAAGCGGUCCAAGGGCAGUGUCUGUUGUAAAUUCCUCAUCUGAAAAGUUAGGUGGGGCAAAGGUUGUUGCAACAAGUGUGGUUCCAGAUGAUGUAGGAAAGAUCAAAGAUGUUUUGCAGAGGUGGAGUGACAUAGACAAAAUGGAUCUUAUCCUUACACUUGGAGGCACUGGAUUCACCCCAAGAGAUGUGACCCCCGAAGCAACCAAACUGUUGAUUGAAAAGGAAACACCUGGUCUUCUGUAUGUCAUGAUGCAAGAAAGUUUAAAGGUGACUCCAUUUGCAAUGCUCUCACGUGCUGCAGCUGGAAUACGAGGUUCAACAUUGAUCAUCAACAUGCCUGGGAAUCCAAAUGCAGUUGCUGAAUGCAUGGAGGCUUUAUUGCCUUCUCUUAAACAUGCAUUAAAGCAAAUCAAGGGAGACAAGAAAGAGAAACAUCCCCGACAUGUUCCUCAUGAACAAGCUGUGCCUCUGGAUACUUGGGAGCGUAGCCAUAAGUUGGCCUCUGCUGGUGAUGGGGAAUCUACUUGUUCUUCUUCCCACUAAAAGCUCUUUUGGGAGCAUAAAAUGAGUAAUCCUCCUUUAGGCAUCAGUUUCAGUCAGCGCAUACAUUGUAAAUGCUUAAUAAACUUAAAGUUUUUUUUUUUUGGUAUAAUUUUGUUACAAUAAAGUUAACCCUUUACUUAUUAUUUUUUUUUUUUAAAAAAAAAACCCAGGAUUUGUAUUAAACUGAUAAUUUGAGACUCAUUGACUCUGCAAUAAGUGCUUCAGAUGUUC